GCUUUUUGUAGUUUAACUUCUAAAUAUUUAUGAUGCAAAUUAAAGACUGAUUUUUUUUUAGGGGAAAGCUAAUGUAUCCAGGGUUCCACAAAUUAAUUUAGUGGGGAAACUAGUUAUCUAGAAUUUUGUUUAUGACAUAUUGGCAAAGAAGAGCUACACAAGUUUUGGCAGAUUAUUUGUAUAAAAAUGUGAUUUGUGUGAAAUGAAUUCAUCCUUAAAAAACUAAUAUAUUUGCACCUCUGAUGAAUCAGUAUAUUUUCCUGAAGGAAGAGGGAAUUUUUUCUCAUCUCUUGAGAAUCCACAACUGCCAAGCUUCAAAAAAUACUGUCCUUUUAUUCAAUGGGUCCCUGACGGAGAACUUGUUGCUUGUUUCUAUGGAACAGAGAUCUAGUUACCUUGACAAUGUAUUUGAGUAGACGAGUUAUGGGGGAAAAACAGUUGGAAUACCCUAUCUCUUCCUCUGCUGAUGUUUAACAUGCAAACCAGAUCUUCUAGGUGCACAAGAGAAUAUUUAAAAGUUCCUUUCAUAUUUGGGCUUGUGCUAAUGUCAAUACAUCUUCAAAAAGACUGAAACUUGAAUUGCAACUCAAACAAGUUAUGCCACUGAAUGUUGCUAUGAGUCUAUGCUGCCUGGGAAACAUCCAUUUCCAUAAAACAAGAGCAGAAGGAUAAAUCGAAGAGGGCAUAUUCCCAAGACUGCUGUUUUGUGGAUAUUUUAUAAGAAAGAUACUUCUAAAGAAAUUUGGAGAAAAAGUGUAGAGAUCUGCUGAUAAGAAAUAUAGUUAUGUGAAAGUGAAGGUAACUGAUUCUAAGGUCUGGAAAAAGAAAAAUUACCUGGAAAAGCCAAACAAUAAAAUAUAGCCUUACAUUAGCUCAUUCAGCCAUGAUGUUAACUUACAGAAAACGAAAUUUGCUUCAGAAGUCUUUACAUUCAGAUGAUAAAGAAAUUGUUGCUUUACCUCCAAUUCAUAAGCAACCAAUGGAAAAUGUGACAAAUCCUUCCAGUAACUUGAAUCUCCAAAAAUGCACUCCUGAUAUGCUCCACAAAAUGUUUUUAUCACCACAUAUUUCAAAGUCACAGAAACAUGUAUACAAAGAUAUGUGCUCAAAAUGGACUGGGAAACAAAAAUGUCAUUGGAAUAUUCCAUAUGUAAACAUAACUGAAGAAACAGACAUGAAAGUGAAGAACCACUUAAAACAUCAAAUGUAUUUUCGUUUUGCUAAAAGUCUGAAUCGCCCUUUAAGCAUUAAAAGACACCUUUACAAUACAGACACAUUCAUCAUGAAGCAGGAAGGAGACAGUACAGGUCAGGCCAAAGGUUACCAUGCAGCCAUCAAUAUUUGUUCAGAGGAGCCUCUGGUUAGAGACAAAGUCUCUGAAUUCACUGAAAAUUCCAAAUACAAGACAAAAACACAAAAAUCAAUGCAAAAGUACAGAGAGAUCCCCCAAAGACAAACAAGUGGUGACUUUCUUCAUUUGGAAGAAACAGACACAAUCCAAGAAAAUAAAUUCAACAGAAGAAUAAUAUAUUUAUCCAGAAGCACACUUUCAGGGUCUCUGCAGUUCUCAAACAUAAAUGGAUCAGAAGAGAAUGAAGCAAAAAAGGCUGUUUUCAAGGGUUACUCUUUUUUGACUACAUCUCAUCUGAAAACCCAGACAGAAGAAACUAAACCCCGUAGCAUUUUCCUAAUGGAAACCCAGGAUGCCACAAAUGAUGUAACAUGUUGUCAGAAGAACCCAGCAGAUACCAACACAAGCAGGGAUGUAGUGAGAGGACAAAUCCAUUUGCCCUAUUUAACCAGAAAGAAAAAGUUUAUGAUCUAUAUCUGUGGAGGUUAUCAAGAUUCAGAAGUAGAACGAAAUGCAUUAAUGGAGAAAUCCUUCCCAUGGCUAUACAACUACUGUAAAAAGAGAGGUUAUGACUUCCAUUUAUUUGAUCUAAGGUGGGGAGUAAAAGAUGGUAUUAUCAAUGAUCAUCAAACAGCUUCUCUACAUACAAGGACAUUAAAGAAAUGCCAACAGUUGGGAUUCCAUAUAUUUAUUGUUUUUAUUGGCCAGAAGUACGAUGAUCUCUCUCUUCCAGAAAUAAUAGGCAAGGACAUUUUUGAGUUAAUUAAAGCUAUGGUAAUGCAAAGGAAGCUGGAUAUCAAAACAUCAAAAUACAUACCACCUGCUGAUUUGAAAGAUGAAAUCAAAGUAGAGAGAAAUGAAAGUCAAGAUGAAAUUGUUCAGGAUUGUCAGGAUCUUAAUGCAAUGGAAGAGUUUGAAGGUGAGAUAAGCAGCCAAAAAGAACAUGAAGUGAUUAAUUCAAAUGAAUUUGAUCUGCUUAAUACUUCUGUACUCACCCAAAAGACUGUAGCUGAAUAUGAGAAAGAACUUCAGCUUUUGAAUCAAUGGUACAAGUUGGAUGAAAACUGCAUCCCUGCAGUUUACAAGCUUCAGCCUAUUUGCACGGUGUACAGAGAUAUCUUCAGUAAAGAACCAAGUCGCAGACAGCAAGCUAAAAGCAAAUGGCUGGAGUCUUUCCAGAAACUGCAUAAGAUACUUCAGGAAUAUGCUACAAUUGUUCUUGGUCAAGAAGAUGCAGCCAUGCUACUUAGAACAACUCUGCAGCAGGAAGUGGAUCAAGGAUUCCAAGUCCAAGGAACACGUGAGGAUCACUGUCACUGCUUCAAAAGAAAUAUAACUGACCUACAAUGCAAUCUGUCAGAUCCCCAGGCAUCUAAAUACAUUGACAUCCACCCACUAAAACUAGAAGUGAACAAAACUAUUAAUGAACAACAUCAAAACUUUGUGAAAAGCAUUCAUUCUAAGCUUCGUCAUACAAAUAUUUACAAGAAGAAUGUUAGCUGGGGAAAAAGUGGCAUCAAUCCCAACAGGAAUAGGACCCAUGCCUACUACCUAGAAUGCCUUUGCAAUGACUUUCAGAAAAUUGCUACUAAUCAUUUCAACAGAAUCAUCAGUUCAGAAGGAAUGCCAGAAAGUCUAUGUACUAAAAGAAAGCAAGAAUUUAACAUUCUUAAUGAUGAAGAGAUUCUGGAACACAUUCAGCAUUAUCAGGUCUUGAUUAAACAUAUAAAAGGAAGAGAAAUCUUCUUGAGCAAGCUGAAGAAUCAGGUUACAUCUUUAAACAGAAAAGUAAUUGUUGUUUGUGGUGUGGCAGGAUCGGGAAAAAGUGGGAUCAUUGCAGAAGUUGCUUCUUUGGCUUCAAACUGGAUUUCUGGGAAUCUCAGAGUUGUGCUUCGGUUUAUUGGCAUCACUGGAGAAAGCAGAAAUGUCCGAUUGCUGCUUCUGAGUCUUUGCUACCAAAUAGCUGACAUUUAUAAUGUUUCUGUUACUUUAUCUGAGGAUUUUGAGGGACUGGUAGAAGAAUUUUCCUCUCUGCUGGAAUUUGCUACACAAGACAAGCCACUCCUAAUCUGCUUGGAUAAUAUAGAUGAGUUAUCAGAGGAAUAUGGUACUGAUCUUUCUUGGAUACCAUCUGAAUUACCAACGAAUGUGCAUUUUAUUGUUUCUACUUGCUCAGAAUCAGACAUUUCAUGCAUAAGAAAACUGAAGAAAAUAACCUUGAAAGAACAUUUUUUUCAAAUACCUCCUUUAACAUUUGAAGAAAUCAAUGAAAUUAUCACCUGCUGGCUCAAAAAGGAUAAUCGAAGACUCUCUCAAUAUCAAUUCAAUCAUUUAAUGGAAGCAUGCAAAGCCUGUCCAUUGCCACUUUACUUAUACAGUGCUUAUAAGGAAUCCUGUUUAUGGUCAUCUUUCAGCCCAGAUCAAGAGGUGUGUCUCCCGCAAAAUAUACCUGACAUAUAUUCUUGGAGGCUGAGCAGAAUGGAAAAAUCCCAUGGAGAACAAAUUAUACAAAGGGUGGCAGCUUAUUUAACACUUUCAAGAAAUGGCAUCACUCAGGAAGAAUUGCUCAACCUUAUGUCAAUGGAUUGUGUGGUCAUUCAAGAAAUAAAUAAAUUCCAAAAAAGUUCAGUGUCAGCAUUUCCACUAGUGUUAUGGCUGAAAUUUUUAGAUGAUUUUGGAGAUGAUUUGAGAGAGCAAAGAACUGAUAACACAUAUGUUUUUACUUGGGCUCAUACUUCUUUAAAGCAUGUGUGCAUACAAAGAUACCUGAAAUCACAAGAUUCCCAAAUAUCACUACAUGCUAUCUUUGCUGACUAUUACCUAGGUAGAAGCUCACAGGAGUUCAAGAAGUGCAAUGAACCAUCAAUAUUUCAGCCUCUUGCCUGGACUCUGAAAAAAGGAUCCAAGACCAGCUACAACUUCAAUGUCCGUAAAAUCUUUGGGGCUCCAUAUCAUCUCAUCAGGUCAAAAAAUAUUGCUGUUCUGAUUAAAGAAUGUCUCUUUAAUUAUGAGUUUCUUUUGUACAAAUCCUGGGCCUCAUCAAUUGUCAGUAUUGAAGAAGAUCUAGAAGCAGCUAUUAAUGCUGACAGGACUAUACCUGACUUAGUCUUAUUAAGUGAGACUCUCAAAUUGUCCAAGAGGGUUUUAAUAAAAGAUCCAUGCCAGAUGGCUUCACAGCUCAUAGGCCGUCUUCAUCAGAUUGUUGCAGCUGAUAUACCAGUAGCACCAGGUGAUCCAAAAAAAUACCUUUACCUGCCAGUUCUUUUAUCUCAGUGUCAGAAAUCUUCUAUUCCUGUUCUUAUACCUUCAACUUCUUGCCUUAUACCUCCUGGUGGACUUCUCUGUGAUUUUUUGAAAGGUCAUUUGGACAGAAUUACAGCACUAGGAGAAACUCAGAAACAGCUUGUAGCUGCAACAGUUUCCAGGGAUGGUAUUUUGAAAAUGUGGGAUUUGACUCUUGGCAAAGCGGUCUUCACUCUGCAUGAAAUUGGGAAAAAUAUUAGUGCUAUCACGGUAUGUUUGGAUAAUAGGCUGGUGGCUGUAUCUGACAAGGCCACCAUUAAAAUUUGGGAUCUUUCCUUGCAAAAAGUGGUAUACAGUUCUGGUGAGUUUUUGGAUACACCAAUACUAACAUCUUCAAUGAAUGGACAACUUCUGCUGGCCUUUUUUAGUGGGAACCACAAAAUUCAGGUUUUUGAUCUUGUUCAUUCAUGCCAACUGCUCCAUGAAGUCUACCUUUUUUCUGAAGAAGCUCCUAUGCACAAGACUCAUUCUCUACUAGUAUCAAAGAACUCAGUAAAAGAUUAUGUCCUAUGUGCGUAUAGAAGUGCAAGUGAAGCAAUGGUUUUCAGCGGCAAAAAGGGAGUAGUAGUUGCUAAACUGAAAAGCCAGGAACCAAUGGCUGCAGCUGAGGGGGUGGCUAUCACUAAAGAUUAUUUUCUUGUGAUCUUCAGGUGCCCUUUCAUGCGAAAGCAAGAAAUUGUUCUUAUAGAGCUCUACAAUGUCCAUACUUUUGCUUAUGCUCAUAGUCUGAAGGGAUGCUGUAAUGAUAAUAUUCACACUUUUGCUGUAAAUCAUUUGGGAUCUCAUCUUGUGGCAUUCAGUCCUAUUCCAAAUACUGGUACUACUGAGAUUGUAUCAUGGAACUUGGAGUCUGAAGACCACAAACACUUGGCUAAAUUUCCUUCAGUCCUUGUUGAUGGUAUAUGCUCUGACCUUCGAUAUUGUUUAGCUUUCUGUGAUGGAGAUAAUUACCUUCGAUCCUGGAACUUGGCUUCCAAGAUCAAUGACCAGUCUUUGACUGUCACUGCAAGCAACACAAAGAAAACAAAUGGUAUUCAGGAUAUUGUGACAAUGAAAAACUAUCCCAGGUAUGCUGUGUGCCGAAACACAAGUCCGGGAGUCAUAACAGUAUGGAAUAUUGUAAAAUCCAAGUGUAAACAUAAUGCUGUGAGAGUGGAAAGAGGGCUGGUAGAGAACACAGACAUUGUACUGGCGAGAGACAUGAAACUUUAUAUACUUACAGGCAAGGGAAUAGCCUCCUAUGCAGAUCCCCCAAGAUCGAUUUUCCAGACACUGAUAGUUUAUGAUCUCCUGAAAAAGAAGUACAUAAAGAAACAGAGUGGGCUUUACAUAAUUCCUUGUCCAAAUAAUGAAUACAAGAUGCUAGAAGGAGGCCUUCUACUUGGUCUUUCUGAGAACAGAGACCAUUUUGUUACUUGGAACUUGGAGACAGGACUUAUUAAGGAUCGAUUAAGACCAGAAUACAAAGAAAAUUUUGUCUUGCAAUCUACUCAACAUACUACCCAUUCCUCUUCCAAAGAAAACAUGAAGAGACCUAAAGGAGUUUAUAAAGAAAAACCAGCAUUAUGGCAUCCCUGGGAAAAGCGAAAUGAAAUCAAUACUGGAAAGAAAAGGAAAAAAGAAAAGGCACUAAAACUGGAGGUGGAGACAUUACAAAAACUAGCUAAAGAGAAGAACAAUACUAUUGAUCAAUUCCUCCUGAGUGGAGAUGAGAAGAUUGCUGUGUGUUCCUACUAUGCAUAUCAUCUGUCAGUGUUCAGCUUGGAAACCAUGUCCUAUGUCCAUACACUUGAGAGCAAAGAAUCAAUGCUUUUUUUAUAUAAUGCUACCUUAACAUAUACUGGGCAUUAUCUAGUGCUUUCCAAUUACAGUGAGGAGGAAAAAAUCAGCUAUGUAACACUAUGGAAUUUAAUCACAGGAAAGGUUAGAAAAAGAUUAAAAAAUGAGCCUAAUGUCUGCUGUACAGCCAUUACUGCAGAUGGCAGUAGGAUCGUUUUUGGAGUGAUGGUGGAUAACCUGAUUAAAAUUUGGGAUCCAUUUAAGCAUAAACACAAAUUAAUGCAAGGUUAUGAAGGUCUUGAUCUGACUGUGAAUAGCAAAUUGCAUAUAUUAGAUGGAACAAAAGCAAUUCUACUUGCAGGUGAGGUCAGUUUCUGGGAUUUGGAGAGUGGCACAGUUAUAUCCAUCUUUACAUUUGAUAGCAAAAUAUCUUGCAUGACUGUUGCUUGUGACAAAAAGACAGUUCUUUUAGGCUUGAGCAACAGCUCUACUCUUACCACUUUGAAAAUGAUGAGCAUAAAUACUGCUGAAAAUUCAAUAGGAAAAGAUUUGUUUGGAGAAGACUCAUCAAGCAGUGAAGAAGAACGUGAAAAUAUUUAAAAGAGAAUUUGAACAAAAUAAAAUCAAGCAUAAACAAAUGAAACUUGACAUAGUUUAAAAAUCAUUUUUGUUUUAAAGCAACUGCACAUAACAUUUAAAAGACAAUAAGCAAUUUGUGCAUAACAUAAAAAGACAAUACUAAUUCUCUUACCUGUAAAUUAAUUCUCCCUUCUCCCCAAUAAUUAUCUGCAAGUCAGAGGAGAAAGAUACAGCUGGUAAUAAUUGAAGAAAAUGAAACGUUGCUGCAACCAGCUUUGCCUUUCUCUUAGCCCCAUACAGUAUUGUAAAAAAGUAUGCAAGAUGAGAACCUUUCAAUCUUUACUCCCUGUGUAAAAAAAAAGUCAAGAAACUAAAGGAAAAUCCCCAUGACAGAAGCAGCUCUUCACUGAAAGGAAUGUAAGGACCACUUGGACAAGUCAUAAACAUAAGAAUUACUGAACUCAUGUGGAGUGAACAAAGAAUAAGUUUGCACAAAAGCUUUAAUCACUCCAUUAUCAUUCUGCAGAGAAGAGGGAGUGGGGAAAUCUCCAUACAUUAAGGAUAUUCUACAAUAUUCUACAAUAUAUACCUGGGGUUGUUUUUUUUGGGGUGGUGGUGUUGAUGGGUUUCUCUGGGAUUUGUUGGAUAAAUCUGUUUAUUUUAAUCUUCCAAUUUUCGAGACAAUUUUAGCCAAAGCAUAGAAACGGGAUGAGUAACAAUUUAAUUAUGAAGUUAUAUUUAGAAAACUAUAUAUAUAUUAUUUUUUCAAUUGGAAAUCACCAUGCUAAGAAAAUCCUUAAUAUCUCACAUUAUAUUGUUUAGUAAAUGUAUAUAAUAUUCAUAUGAAAUAAUUCAUGCAACUCUUAGAAAUCAGAUGCAUCCAAAAGUAUUGCUACUCCUCACUUUUCCCAAGAAUCUCAAUUUGCCAUAAAGUAAGUUGAAACUGACAAAAGUAAAUGCCAUUCACCAUGACAGUUCAUACAACAGACACUUUGAUAUAUAAUUUAACAGAUUCUUGUAAUUACUAAAAUAAGCAAGGGUGUCAAUACUUUUGGCCAGCAGCAAGCAGAGAGACUAAACACUGGCUUUGUAGGGAAACAUAGACCUAUAUUCUUUCUCUGCAAGAGGAAAAGAUGUCAGUUAUUAUUUUUUCAACUAUAAAAGAAGUUAAUGAUUAUACUAUUAUUAUUAGCCCAUUUUGUGAGGCAACCUCCCUUUUUAGUCAUGCUAAAUAUUGCUCAUUUACUCUUUUUGGUUAUAUUGAAACAUGUCCAGAUAUAUUUUAGGUAGUAUAUACUGUGUGAUGCAACAGAAUAUAUGCUACUAUGUAAAUGGCAAUUUCUGACUUAUUCUUACCUUUAACUUUUGUAAGAUACAUGGUUAAAUUUGGAUUAGAAGAAAAUAACACUUCACAUCAGAACUCUUUUCAUUCUGAUGUAUAAGACUGUUGCAGGCUGUCAAUAAGAUUUAUGGAACCUGAAAUGAGUGUGCAUUUAACAUAGUAACAAUUGAGGGUAUUAGGAAAAAUUCAAUACUCAUACAAAAUGCUAGUUUCACUAGUGCUUUAACAAUGUAUUAUAAUUAUUGUUCAAGGUGUCACCAGACACAUAGAAUAUAAUACAUGCAUUCCACAUUACCACGUCAUAUCCUACCUAGAAUCUUACUUUUCAAUCUCAUUCCAAGCUAGACACAUCCUACAGUAUACUUAAUUGUAUUUUAUAUGCCAAAGAAAACUUAUUUAAAAAAAAUCCAGUUUAAACAAAUUAGAAAGAUACCUUCUGUAUACAGAAGUUCUUUGGAUUCCAGCCUAUGAAUGUAUAAUAGAAAAAACUGGGGGGAAAUUCAGAUACAAUUUUACAACCAGUAUUUUUUAUUCAUAAAUCAGAGCAUGCAAAAUAUUAGAUCCAAGUAGCUGAUACAUUCUGAUGACACAUUUCUAAUUUCCAUGUGCUUAUGCUUAUAAAUUUUGAACCAAGGAGAUUGUCAUAUUAUAUCAAACAACAUAUUUUUAAAAAAUCAAAACAGAACUUCAUAGUAAUAAUACAGUUUCUCAAAAUAGGAAGCAUAAUUUUACUAAUGUAGUUGACUAAUUGUAAUUGAUUAAGAAUCAGUUUUUCUCAAAAGUAGACACAUUCUGGUUCCUCUUAUCAGAAGUUAAUGCACAUCGCUCUCUGGGUACAGAAGUAUUGUGUCCACAAAUAGAUAUGAAUAUGUAAGUAGUCUGUUUUAUGAUAAUGUUGUAGUGCACAUAUUAGUCAAUUAACAUUCUUCAAAAUUUUACACACCAUCAUAAAAUUAUUGUGUGAUUUCUUUCCUUGGAUCAUCCAGAAAAGUAAGUAGCAACUACAGAAGCAUAUUACUAAGUUAGAAUUUCAUUUUAUCUGUCCAUUGCAGAACUAUGUUUGGGUGGGGGAGGGGCAAAUAUUCAAAAUAAAAGCAUAUUAUAGCUAUAUUAUGAAUGUGCAAUUAAGUGUCCCCCUAACAAGGUAAGACAUGAUAUUUAUAGAAGGCAAUGCCAUUUGACCAUGACAUACCUUGUGGUCAGUUUAGUAGAUACAAUUAAUUCAUGAGACACAAUUUCAGAUUUAACAUGGAUAUAAUGGCUAUGUGAAAUAAUCCAAUCCUUAUGUAGUACAACAAUUUCUAGUUAAACGGCUGAAUAUCUUUAGUCCAUGUGAUGCAGCUGUACUGCCAUGCUUUCAAAAUAAUUUCUGAAUAUUUAAAUUAAUUUGAAUUUUUUGUAGUAUCCAAGCUUUUUUUUUUUCAAACCUCACUCAAAAUGUAAGAAAUGGCCAAAUGUUAUUUCACACCAUAGGAACAAGAAUUCAAUAAUGGAUUUUUUUGCUGGUGUGCUUAUGUUUUUGCUUUACAAUAGAUUUACUUACACGGAGUCUGUAAUGUCUAAUAAAUAAAAUGAAGUACUCUAAUUUUCUAUAAAAAAUAAAAUUAGUAUCUGGGAAAAAUCUAUGGCAUUAAAUUAGGCAGUCAGAUGACUACAGCUGUAUAUCAUCAAUUUCAAAACUGUUCCAUUAAAGAAAUAUUUAGUUUGGGGAUUCUUUAGUUAUUUGUUUCAAUGUAAAAUAUUUCAUUAAGAGUUGCCUAUAGGAGUACUCUUCUAGAAAAUAACUUUUUUUUCCUAUGAAUGCUCUUUGCUAAGCCCUUAGAUGCUGUAAAUCAAAUUAAGAUAAAAUAUUAAGAUCAGUCAAGUUUACUUCACAAACUGAUCUUACAGUAUUUAUGUAUUCUUUGUAUAUCUAAAUUUUGCAACAUGAUUACAUUUUUUAAACAUCUAAGGAAUUAUGAACAAGAUGGCACAAAAGGACUGAAGAAACUGAAGAGCAUAGUGAGAACGAAUACUCCAGUUUAGGACUGCAAUUAAUGCUGAUUGCAACUCUUCCAGUAUUUGUUUAAUAUACUUUCUUUAAACAGACUUAUAAACUCACCACAAAAUUAAUAUAAAAUAAGUUAAUGACAUAUACUAGAUCACAUGGAAGACACGAAGAAAAACUGGCUUUAUAUUUCAAAGGUUUAAAAUUUAAAGUUUGGCAAUAGAUUCAAAUAUUAUCUUUAGAAUUCUGAAGACUAAAAGCAUCAUUGAACUAACAUGUUCUCAGCAAAAUAUGCUAUAUUCAACUAAAUUUACAGCCACAACAAAUCAGUUUUAACAUGAUUAUCUUUCCAGUAUUUCCUCUUCAUAUAUCACCAUAAUUCCACAAU